AUUUAAAAAAAAGGCCAAUUUAAGUCCGUACGUUCUCGUACAAAGAUAAAUAGACUAAAGGCUUUAAAUUGACGUUACUCGUUUACAUUUAAAUGAGCACUCGCACUGAAAAUGUCAAUAUUGCAAAAUAAACAGUAAACAUUUGCUGAAGUCACGAGAGUCUCGUUACUUGUUUUUACAACUAAGCACAGUGGUUAGUAAAGUCUUUUUAUGUCAAAAAAUGUGUUGAAAACAACUACCAUUGAAUUCUAAAAGGAAUUGUUAGCCGGAUUUUAAAACGUUAUAUGUUCCAAGUGAUUUAGGUUUAUACAAUAAAAUGGAAAAUAGUCUAUUUAGCAGCUCAGUUAAAAAAGAAGUGUUUAAAAAUGAAUUGGCUUCUGAUGAAUUUAUUUCAAAAUGUUGUGGUGAAAUAAGCUAUAAUAUUGGAAGUGAUUGGUUGCGAUGGGGAAGACACCUCGGUCUAAGUGAUUCAGAUCUUGAUAAUAUUGGCUCUGAUAACAAAAAUUGUUACGAGAAAGCUGAUAAUGUUUUAAAAAAAUGGAAGCAAAAAAUUGGAAAUCCUUCAUGGGAGCUAAUAAAAAAAGAGUUAAUGGCUUUUGAUCGAUUAGAUAUUGUGUAUAAAAUUAAAACAAAAUUUGAAGGUAAUAAUUCUAAACAUGAAUCAUAUUUUCUCUUCAUUCUAUUUACUGAUAUGUCUUGCAUGGUAGUCACAAAGUUUUUUCCAUAAACUGUUGUCAUAAA